UGUUGGUCACUCGGGCUGUUUUGGAGGUCUCAGGCCUGGACCCGACUCUCAGGGUUUCACUCAGUCGGCUUUUCCAGGGCACCGUCUGCCUGGGCUCAGUGUCUGCUCCCUCAGUUCUCCUGCUGCCAAGAUGCUGUCACCACGGACAGUGACCCCUGGGCCAGAGCUGCAGAGCCCCAAGGAGCCUGAGCUGAAAACCCAGACCCCAGCUCAGGUUACUGGGCAGAUCAGCAGUGGAAAGGAGCCCAACGCCCACCAGGAGGAUACCACAAGGCCAGGCCUGGACACCCUGAAGCGGGCCUUCUCCUGGGCAAGCCAGAAGGCCUCUCAGGCUUCCAAGGAGGACCCAGGCUGGCUCAGGCGAAGCUCCCUGUUCCGGUCUUUCCGGCGAACUCCGGAUGAAGGUCCAGCUGCUGGCCACUCCCAGGGGGCUGCUACGGCAAAGGAGCUGUGUGUGUUCACAGAUGGUGUCAGCCAGCAGGCAUCCACUCGGGUGGGGCCUGGAGACCUGGAACCUGAGGCAGAAGGCAAAUCCGUGGCUGACCUCAUCACUGAGCGGCAGCUGCUAGCUGCUUUCGAACAGCUCCGGUACCUGGAGACAAAGCUAGUAACAGAGAAAGCCUCUCGCACCUUUGAGCAGGACCCCACCGCCUUUGCGCGGCGCGCCAUGGACGUGUGCCUACAUUACGAUGGGCUGGCGGCGGAGAUUGGCGCCAUCGUGCGCGAGACAUUGGGUCCCGAAGGCAUAGACCAGGCCGCGCUUGCUGAAGUGGCCCGGCUGGUGCGCGCAGAAGAGGAGGCCCACCCGGAGCUCCCAGCCGACGGCGACUUCCUGCGCACACCUCGCCACUGGCGCCAGCACUGGGAGGACGCGGUGCGGCGCAGCGCGCAGGAGCGAGUGCAGCGGUCAGACGCCGGGGGGCUGACUUCUGAGCCUGACAAGGGCGCUUCCGACCUAGCUCAGCUUCUGGCAGAGCUUGGUGGCUUGGUUCGAGGUGAUCUGCAGAAGGUGCGGCUGGUGGUGCAACCGGCUUACGCGGCCGCCGGCUUCCCAGCGUGGGAAACCUACCUCCGCGCCUUCCACAGUGCGGUGGCCCAGCGCCUGCAGGAGCUCGCGCAAGCCGCCCGCGGCUGUGAGCAGCUCUACCUUUUGCUGGACUGGGCAGCCAAUGUCUAUGGCAGCCCUGACUUCCUGGGCGCCCCGGACCUGGCACUGCUCACGGAACCGCUGCCCCCACUCCUAGCGCCUGACGUGUGGGCUCGACUGGAGAGCGACUACACCAGUUUCUUGGAGGUAAUGCCAGUUGGGCCUGGAUCCAGGGGCAGAAUCCUGGGGGAGGGUGCAUCCGGGAAUCCGGGUUGGGGCCCCCGACCGCGCUCAACUCAGUGUGGCUCGCAGCUGGUGGCAGAGCAUGUGAAAGCGGCGGGCGCUAUCUCCGCGGAGCUAGAAGCCACUACCCUGCGGAUCUGCGCGCGGGCGCUGCGCCUGUUCCUGCCCAGGUUUGAAAAGUCUUUUCUGGAGUCGGAGGCGGUGAGCGAGCCGCACCUGGGCGCCUACAUUAACGCCUUCGAGGAGCUGAGGACCAGUCUUCUGGCCAGGUUCCCAGGAACUCUAGAGGAGCUGGAGAAGCCGCUAGUGUCUGCUACCUGUAACUUCCAGAAGCACUUGCUCCAGGGCUUGCAGCAUGAUGUGCAGCCACUCUUCGGGGCCCUAAACACCAAGAGCUGGCUGACACAGGACACACUGCAUCCCAUCAUGGAUAAGGUGGUGGCCUUUGCCCACCACCUCAAGCAUGUAACCCCAACACUGGCAAAGGAGACUCUGCAGGAGGUGCACCGUUACAUUGUCCGGGAGUACCUGGCACAGGCAUUGAGGCCCCGUGAGCGGUUUCGGGGCGUGGAGCGUGUGAAUGGCUCCCAGAAGAUGAAUCUGGAUGCCCAGGCAAUCAGUGACACCUUCCAGGGCCUGGGCUCUGAAGCCACAUGGCUUAACCAAGCCAUCCCUUGCGUGGCGGAGAUCCUGGGUGAGAGUUACAAAGACGACAUUGGACGGCACCUGGAGACACUCAUCCAGAGCUACCCCGACAUCAGGCAAAGCCACAUACUGGCCAUUCUGGCACUGCGUAGACUGAGCCGCCGUCGGAACCAGAGCCUCCUGCAGCAUGCCCAGGACCGGCUGAGGGCUGCAACUGAAGCUGUGGGCUCAGGAACCGCUCAGGACCGUGUGCUCUUCGGGGAGAUCGAGUUGUCUACUUUUAGGAUCCAGCUGAUCACUUGCAUCCAGGGCUCCCUGGCCUGAGGGGGUUGUCAGGGCGUGGCACUUAGCUCCAGGUUAGGAUUCAGGCGGUCAUUAGGUCAUUAGGCCCUGCCUCCAACUCUGAGGCCCAGAGUCAUGGAAUCUUUGUCCUCAGCCAUGCUUGGCUGCUCAGCAGGAGGCAAAGAUGAAGAUAUUUCAGACAUUUGUGGGGGAGAAUAUUGGAGUAGCAGAUCUCUUUACUGCAGCUGACCAGGGAGAGCUGCUCUGGUAACUAUCCAGCACCAGCACCACCCCAGUCUGAAAGUGCAGAAUGGAGUAUUUAUUCUAAAAAUAAAUGUGAAUUAAAAUGG